CCACCAGGCCGGCUGCAGCACUCAACUCCGACCCUGGCAUUUACCCGAGGAGAUCUCAGCUCUGGGAGCCCUGACCGUCUUCUCCAGGAGGCUCUGUGGCUCUGAUGAGAAUCAUGCUCAGGAGGCAGCUCAUCUGUUGGCACCUGCUGGCUUUGUUUUUCCUCCCAUUUUCCCUGUGUCAAGAUGAAUACAUGGAGGUGAGCGGAAGAGCUAAUAAAGUGGUGGCAAGAAUAGUGCAAAGCCACCAGCAGACCGGCCGUAGCGGCUCCAAGAGGGAGAAAGUGAGAGAGCAGAGCCAUCCUAAAACUGGGACUGUGGAUAAUAACACUUCUGCAGACCUAAAACCCCUGAGACCAGAUGAGCUUCUGCACCCCGAGGUAGAUGACCUAGCCCAGAUCACCCCAUUCUGGGGCCAGUCUUCGCAAACAGGAGGGCUGCCCCCAGACUGUAGCAAGUGCUGCCAUGGAGAUUAUGGCUUCCGAGGCUACCAGGGUCCCCCUGGACCUCCUGGACCCCCUGGAAUUCCAGGAAACCAUGGGAACAAUGGCAAUAAUGGAGCCACUGGCCACGUAGGGGCCAAGGGUGAGAAAGGAGACAAAGGCGACCUGGGACCACGAGGGGAACGAGGACAGCAUGGCCCCAAAGGAGAGAAGGGCUACCCCGGGAUUCCACCGGAACUGCAGAUUGCAUUCAUGGCUUCUCUGGCAACUCACUUCAGCAAUCAGAACAGUGGGAUCAUCUUCAGCAGUGUUGAGACCAACAUUGGAAACUUCUUUGAUGUCAUGACUGGUAGAUUCGGAGCUCCCGUAUCAGGUGUGUAUUUCUUCACCUUCAGCAUGAUGAAGCAUGAGGAUGUUGAGGAAGUAUACGUGUACCUUAUGCACAAUGGCAAUACAGUCUUCAGCAUGUACAGCUAUGAAACAAAGGGGAAAUCAGAUACAUCUAGCAACCAUGCAGUGCUGAAGCUGGCCAAAGGGGAUGAGGUUUGGCUCAGAAUGGGCAAUGGCGCUCUCCAUGGGGACCACCAGCGCUUCUCCACCUUUGCAGGCUUCCUUCUCUUUGAAACUAAGUAAAUAAACUAGCUCCACUUUGGGGAAGCCUUGCAACUGAGAUGGUAUUGUUAUGAUCUGAGAAACAUUAGAGUUGAGGGUUCUACACACACGUGUUUCAGAAUUAUUUCUAUAUGUUACAUCGCUAUUUGUGCUACAGGUACACCAAUAAUGUUGGAUGACUCAGGACCUCAGAAGAAUAGAACCACAGUAUUCCCAAGUGACCUUGACUAAUAUACUCAGCACCUUUAUACUCUUUCCAAAGCAAAGAGAAUUCCCCUUUGAUGAAGGUUGGAAAUAACUGCUCCCAUCAGACAAGCCAUUUGAAGUUUUGAGUUCAUCAUUCUUUAUAACUUUUCAGAAAACACGGUGCAGUGAUUAUGAUGGGUCUGGACAAGAACAGGGCCACUUGCUAGGACCCAGGUGCCAGAAAAAUUUGUAAAGCCCAGACUAUGAAGUAAAAUUGAUCCAGUGGGUCAAUAUUCACGAAUAAAGUAUAAAUAUUUUCUAGUAAUUCAGAUAACUUUUAUGUAGCAAAAAUAUUUAAAAGACCCACAAAUAUUUGACUCUUCCUUUUCAUAAGGACUCGACUGUAAUCAAAUCUUGUCUUCUUGGCAUGUAUUUUUGGAAACAGAAUUUUCUCAUGAUCCAGACUUGGGCUUAUCAAGUCUGAUUUAUUGACUCUGGCCGCAUUUCAUAGUUUGCAGUACAUUCUUGUUGACUGUCCUGCAGAACCAGUUUAAGUGAGCUUAGGUUCACAGAGGGUAGAUACUUAUCAUCUUCUUUUCAUCUGAUUUGGAAAUUACCCCAAUAAACUUAUACUUUACACACACUGACAUAUCACAUUGAAGGAGCUGCUGAUAAAAAAUGUAAUGGUAUUCCACUUAAGAGACACAAAAGAAAAAUUCACAGCCUUUCAAUUAAAAUAAUAUGACUUCCUUUAUUAACGUAUUUAAUCAAUAUCCACAGAACAACUAUUAUGUACCAGAUAUAGUAGGAGGUUAUUUGACUGUUGCCUAUCCCCGUCCCUCCCCCUCAAUUCUCAAAGGAUUAAGAUUUGUAGCCAAAACAAUAUUCCCAAGAAUCUGCCAUAAGUUCUAAGGAUAGUACUCAAAGAGAUGUUUUUGGUUUAUUUUAAGCAAAGAAAACAUCACUGGGAUAUGUCUUUACCCUGAUGUAAAUCGUAUUUAAAAUGUACUGUAGAGCUGCCUAACUAAAGAACAUUAUUUAGCAAAUUCCCAUAGAAGUAAUGAGCCCUUAAUUUAUUUUCUUUUACAAUAUGAAUUUCCACAUAGGCUUCCUAACUAUGGGUUUACUUGUAUUGAUUUCUGCCUACAGCUGGAAGCAGAGAGUAUGAAUUAGGGCUACCCUAUCAGUUAACUUAGUGCUUUCCAUGCUCAGUUCAGCCUUUGACCCUUUCCCUUGAUCCACAAAUAUGUCUCAACCCUUCCUGAAUUCACUUGCAGUGCUAUCUUAAAGUGAAUUGCUACUAGCUAUAAUGUGCUCCACCAGUGUUGUAUCUGUGAUUUUGAUAUGUUCUCCCCCAAGGGCUGUGGGGGGUGUGGGGUUAAGAGUUACUAUUCCCAAAUGUUGUAUGUGUUUUGUAGACAUGUAUUGACAAUAGACAUUUGAAUGUUGCAUGUUGCCCAAAGGAAUUUCAUUUCUGAAGAGCAUAUUACUAAUAAAUUGCCUUAGAGAAAGAUUUUCUCAUGCCUUUUCACAAAACUGUGGCAAGAAGAAUAUAAUAAGCAAUAUAUGGAAAUAAACACAUCUUUGUUAAAUGUA